AUGCUCGGAAACGUGCAGCAGCCUUCACCUUGGGUUAAACUGUUUCUGCUGUCAAAUCCUUCCCAACAGGAGUUGGCAGAGCAUGAGAAAGUUUCUGACCAGGUCAAGAUUACACAAAAAGAUCUGGAGCAGGAUGGCUUCUCCAAAAACCCCUUUUUCCAUGGAAUCAUUGCUGAAGUGCCAGAACACCUUAAGUCCAGAGAUGGUCAUACCAAGGUUGGCUACUCUCUGUACUUCUACACAUACAGUUCAUGGAAAGGUCGGGCGGUGUACAUGGAGGAUCUGUAUGUGAUGCCAGAGUUCAGAGGGAAAGGCAUUGGCAAGGCUCUGAUGUCCAAAGUCUCCCAGCUUGGUCUGGCUGCUGGUUGCACGCAGCUGAAUUUCACUGUGCUGGACUGGAACAAAUCAUCUCUGGACUUCUACCUAAAGCAGGGCUGCUGGGAUGUGACCUCUGACCUCGGUUAUCACUGCAUGCGCUGUGAGGGUGAUGCCCUUGAAAACUUAGCCCAGGGAGAUCUUUAAAUUUUGAAUCACAUAGAUUUCCCUGUCAACCACUGAUCAGAGCCACAAGUAACAAGUUGUUUGAUAAGCACAGGAAGACCAUGCUCAUAUCCUAUAUAGAUUUUCUGAAAGAAAUGCAACUUUAUGAGGCAAUAGAGAUAAGCAUUAUUUUCAAGAACCACAGACAGAAGAAGCUGCUUAUUUAUGUUGCCUCAAAAAGUGUAUUACAUAUUGACACAUUCUACGCAUUUAAAUAGUAAAGUCUGGCCUAACCAAAGAUUUAGAAGUGCACUGUUGUGUUAUUGGGAAUCACAUAUGCAGUUGAGGUCGGGGGUUUGCAUGCACCUUGCAGAGUCUGCAAGAUGUUAAUAUGGACCGCAAGGGAAAAUAAUAUUUGAAUUUGUAGGGGUGACCCUGUUCGGGGGUUGGCAUGUGCUUGAUUCUUGGUGCUGUGGUGUGUUGAGUGGUCCACAGGUGUGUUUUUUUUGUUUGGUUAUGGUUGUUCGCGGGUCCCUUGUUUGUCCUGGGCGGUUGAGCUGCCUGCUGUUCUUUAGGGGGAUCCUUCGGGUCCCACGGGUUCUUUGGUUUUUUAGCAUUUUUGUGUAUUUGAUCCCUUUCCGGCAGUGACUGUGUGGUUUUGGGAUCCAUCUUUUCACGCUGGGGACGGCUGGGGGACUCAUGUGCAACUGUUGCGGGGGGUUCGGGCGCUCGCUGGUGCUCCGGAGGGAAGGGGCGGUGCAUUGGGAGCACAGGGUGAAAACUUUUGAACAGAAUGAAGAUGUGUACACUUUUCUAAUUUUGCCUAAAUAUAGUAUUUUUUUUAUUUAUUACUCCCCUUCAGAAGCUGCAGAAGAUACCUACAUGUUUCUUAGAAGACAAAAUAUUUUUAAAUUCCAAAAGGUUUCACCCUCGGCUCUGGAUGCGUCGUUUUUCCUUUUGAGGCAUCGGUGGGCAUUUGAGCCUUGUGUGGUAGUUGCGUGUGGGUCCCUAGGUUGUCCUCGGUGUGGGGGGAUGGAUCUCGGAGUCGUGCAGUCGUUGUUGGAGACGGUUCGGGUGCACAGGAGUGCUGAAGGGACAAGGAGUUUCUGGGACCUGGGGGAUUUUAUCUGAGGGGCGGCGGGCGGUUUGGCUGUUCGGGACGGGCAGGGGACUCGUGGGCGGCUAUCACUG